CUAUUCGUUUAAGUGCCUGGAUUAAUCGUGUGUGCGGCUCGUUCGGUACACUAACGCGAGUUAAGGCGGGUAACCCUGUGCCACACACCCCCACCCCGAGCUGUAGCGCAUCCACACUGGGGGAACGGAAGGCGAAAGCCUGGGUGGUUAUUAUUUCUCCACCAACUAGUGCCUAUGAAUAUCUGAUGGAGCGCGCGGAGGAUUGAGGCGAGAGCGUGAGGUGCGAUGUGCAUGGAAUGUUCAGCAAGUCAAUGCCGGGAGCUGAAGCAGCGCACCUAUCGGGGAGUUCGCGGAUGGGUGAUGCCGCUUAGGGAUCCUGCAAACAAGAGGACAGCUCUUUUAAGAAUGGACAAUGGGAUGCUUUUAUUUUUUACAAUGAAACCAACUCUGGCCUUUUUAAUUCUGCUCACCAUAUUUUGCCACCUUAGUUCAUCACAGAUGGCAGCAGGAACAGUAAAAGAAGAUACGAAUGACAAUAUUACCAUAUUCACUAGAAUCUUAGAUGGACUGCUAGAUGGCUAUGAUAACAGACUGCGCCCGGGACUUGGAGAGCGGAUUACAGAAGUAAAAACAAAUAUUUAUGUUACAAGUUUUGGCCCUGUGUCUGAUACUGAAAUGGAAUAUACUAUUGAUGUGUUUUUUCGUCAAAGUUGGAAAGAUGAACGUUUAAAAUUUAAAGGUCCAAUGCAACGUCUACCUUUGAAUAACCUGCUUGCCAGUAAAAUAUGGACUCCAGAUACCUUCUUUCUUAAUGGAAAGAAAUCAGUGGCUCAUAACAUGACUACUCCAAAUAAACUGCUCCGGUUGGAGGAUGAUGGGACCCUACUUUACACUAUGAGGCUCACUAUUUCUGCUGAAUGUCCUAUGCAACUCGAAGAUUUCCCAAUGGAUGCUCAUGCAUGCCCUCUGAAGUUUGGCAGCUAUGCCUAUCCUGAUUCUGAGGUUGUUUACACCUGGACCUCUGGUGCUGCCCAGUCUGUUGUUGUUUCUGAAGAUGGCUCACGGCUGAAUCAGUAUCAUUUAAUUGGACAAACAGUGGGGACAGAAAUCAUUCACACUAGCACAGGCCAGUAUACUGUAAUGACAGCACACUUUCAUCUGAAGAGAAAAAUUGGUUAUUUUGUAAUUCAGACCUACCUGCCUUGCAUUAUGACAGUUAUCUUAUCCCAGGUGUCCUUUUGGUUAAACCGGGAGUCUGUUCCUGCAAGAACAGUGUUUGGAGUGACAACAGUGCUGACAAUGACAACGUUAAGUAUCAGUGCCCGAAACUCAUUGCCUAAAGUAGCAUAUGCUACAGCUAUGGACUGGUUCAUAGCAGUUUGCUAUGCAUUUGUUUUCUCUGCUUUAAUAGAAUUUGCCACUGUAAACUAUUUCACCAAAAGAAGCUGGGCAUGGGAUGGUAAAAAAGCAUUAGAAGCCUAUCAACCUAAGAAAAAAGAUCCUUUGGCUCUAACAAAGAAGGCAAAUAAUGCCUAUGCGGUCGGAGUCAACUACACACCUAAUAUCACGAAGGACUCUGUCUUAUCCACAAUUUCCAACAGCACAACAGUACAAGUAAAGCCUACAGAAGGAAAACCACCGGAUGCUAAAAAAACCUACAACAGUGUUAGCAAGAUCGACAAAAUGUCUAGAAUAGUGUUUCCCGUUUUGUUUGGAACGUUCAACUUGGUAUACUGGGCAACUUACCUGAAUCGAGAACCAGUCAUAAAGGGGCCCCUUACUCCUAAAUGAAGUGCUGAAACAAAUUUUACAGUUAUCUGAACAUUAGCCAUAUUGUUAAGCAAAAGGGAUUGCUAUAUAAGAGGUAGCACUUAAGACUUGCAUAGACAGUGCACACACCUCAGGUUUGGAGAACUUUGUUUUUCUUGAUUUGCAUGUUCAAUGUUGCCAUGUUUGCCUUGACUAUUUAUAUUUCUACAGUAACUCCACUGUAAAGAAUGUUGCAUUUAUAUAAAGCAGAAGUGUUUCUAUCUUUUGAAAAUAGGAAUAAAGUGCUUUGUAAAUAAAACAAGAAAGCAUUUUGCAUUUCAUUGCCAUGUACUGUGUACCACUGAUAUGAAUGAAAUUAGAUUCUUAAACUUUGAUUACAUAUAACUAUAUAGCAUAUAACACUAAUACUGUACUAUAAAAUUCCUACUGAGAUUUGAUGCUAGUGAAAAUGCAAUUUCAGAAUGUAGAAACAAAUUGUUUUCAUUAUUCAUUCCAUAAACUAUUUAUCAUUUUAAAAUUAUUUAAAUUAGUCAUUGUAGAAAUAUCCCACCCUUUGCAAUUUGUUUUUGUAUAUUAGGUAAAUGCUAUCUCUCAGCAACAAUCAAAUUUCAAAGACUGGCGUAUUUAUUUAUGCGAACACCCAGGGAAAAAUGCAUUAGGUAAUAGUGUAGUAUUAGUAUAUCUCUAAUUUCAGGUUCUAAGCAGGACUGGUUAAUAAAAAGUCUACCAAAAAAGCAAUAUAAGCAUGAGGUUAUUUUUAUAUCAAGUGGACCUCCACAAUUUUUGUACUGUUGCUAUUUCAAUUUGUGAACUUAUCAUACAGGAACAACUUGCUUCAGUAUUGGUGUAGUUUAUGUUUUCAUUUUAUUGUUUUAUUUCUGUUGCUUAGAUAUUUCCUGUAUUGGUGAAAAUGCUUUCAAGUCGAUAACAGUUCUGUAUUGCUUAAUUAUUUUCUUUAAGUGAAAACUGUUUUCAUAACAAAAUUUGAAAGUUUGGAUAAUUUAAAUUAUUUCGACAAUUAAAAUGGCUGCAAACAUGUACUAACAAUGACUGACUAAAUUAUCUAUUGAGUGAUAUACAUGAAAAUGUAGUUUCAUGCAAUAACUGAGGCCACAGAAUGCAAAGUUACAAGUAUCUACUGCUUCUGCCUUAUACAGUCUUUGGCACCUUCAUGAAAAUUAGAUAGUAUAUUAAAAUUUUGGAAGUUGCAUUGUCAGUUUAAUUAACUAUAGAAUUAUUGCAGAGCUGUACUUUCAGCUGUUCAUUUGAAAUGUGAUGAACAGAUGAGUAGGUGUUUAAAAGGAUUAAGGAUUGCAGUGUGUUAUCCACUAGAUAUUUUAGAAACCAGUAGUGCAUAAUGAUUUAUCAGUGCGAGGUGAUGAAAUAUAACAGGCGUUUUCGUUUUUAAUUAUGUAUUUUUUACCGUUAACACAAGAUUAAUGUUCUGAUAUCAUUCUCAGCAUUAUGUUACUGAAGCAAUAAAUAAAUGCCUGAUAAAUUCUAAA